CUUCGCUUGCUUCGCUGCCUGUUUUUUGGUUUGUUUGGGUUUGGUGGGCAGCGCAAUUUGGUACGAAAUAUGGUUGAAAAUAUCGACAAAUUGUCACAACAGGAGGAAAACGGCUGGCUGGUUCUGCUGCUGCCGCUGCUGCUGUGUCGUCUCGUUCUUCUUGUGUGAGCACACACAUCCACAUCACAUCACCUGAGCUGUAGUCACAGUGCUGCUGCAUCGAUAUGAGUGAACCAAAGCCGCCUCAGGCGCAGGCGCAAGGAGGACCUGCUUCAUCCACGGCCACGGCUGUGGCACAGCCCGGAACCGGCUCCCAAACACAAGUCGUUGAGCAAACGGCGCAACCAGCACCGCAUGUGGUUGUCAAGUUGCGGCAGCCGGCCCAGCGCGUCAAGUGGUCCGAGGACACAGUCGACAACGAACACAUGGGCAAGAAGAGCUCCAAAAAGUGCUGCAUUUAUCACAAGCCGCGUGCGUUUGGAGAGUCGUCGAGCGAAUCGUCAUCGGGCGAGGACUCGUCGUCAUCGUCCUCAUCUGACAACGACGACGACGACGACGCAGGUGACGGCGGUGGCGAUGGCAGUAGUGCACCAAAGCAGCACGACAAGGCCAAGAAGUCGAAGUCGACGAAGAAGAAGAAGAAGAAGAAGGUGCGGCAACACAAGCGCCACCAUCACCACAAGUGCGACCACAGCCACGAUGAUGAUGAUGAUGACUCUUGCGGAGCACACAUUCACCAGCACAAGCACAAAGAUCCUCUGCGUGCAAACCCUUACGAGCGAUGAAGCGCAUAUCUAAUUUGUGUGUCUGUGUCUGUGUGUGUGUGUGUGUGUGAGUGUGUGUGUGUGUCUGUGUGUCUGUGUGUGUGUGUGCCUGUGUGUGUCUGCGUCUGCGUGUCUCCGUGAGCCUGUGUCUGUGUGUGUCUGCGUCUGCGUGUCUCCGUGAGCCUG